GAAAACUCAAUUUUUUUAUUUUUGUAACUUUUACGUAAAAUAUUUACUGAGAUGUAUAUAAAUUUACAUGUGAGGAAUAUAAGUUGCUUUUGAUAGAUGUAAUAUUAAUUUAACUUGUUGCCAAAGAGUUUCAUAUUGUUUGCAAAUGACUGAACAAGGAGUCUUGCAGGCGUUUUCCUUAAUCGACACUGACAAUGAUGGGAUAAUCACAACUGAAGACCUUGAAAGAUAUUCUUUGAAAAGUACAGUAGCAGAUGAUUUUGUAUCAAAGUGGAAAAAACUGUUCGAUGAAAACAAUACUGGUGAAAUAACAUUUAUUCAUUUUUGUGACGUUCUUGGUAUCAGCAAAAAGAAAAGAGAUGAAAUACUUAAAGAAAGAAAUAUAGUAAUUCCAGAAACAAGAGUGAAACCGAUCGUUUACUCAACCAACCUAGAUCCAGAAAUGCAACAGAAAGUAUUGCGACUGAUAAAAUAUGGAUGGACUAAACAAAAUAAUGAUUCAAAUUUUUAUGAAGUCACUAUACGAUGUGAUCGUGACUUUGGUCCACGUUGGAGAGGACGUGUUAUAAACGAUACACAGCCAACAACACAAGCAGCUAAAGGAAAAUAUCUCGUAUUCAGUUGCGAUAAUGGUGAAACUAAACUUUGUCUCUGGCAAGAGAAUGAAGAUCAGAACAGAACCUCAGGAUGUUGUUGCUGUUAGGUUGUUAUAAUUCUGAAAGUAAUUCAUCCUGAUUAUAAUUAAUUGCUGUAGACUAUUGUUGUAUUGCUACAUAUUUGUUUGCAUGAGGUAAAUAUAAGGCAACCGUUAUAUCACACAGAGAAGGUUUUUCAAAAUAUUGACUUUUAACUCACGUAAGACGACAUUUUAGUGUGUGCAUUUAAAAAAGCCCUGAAAAUCCAAACUGUUUUAACCAUUAUAGUAAUCCGAUGUAAGUAACUUCAUAAUCA